AUGGGAGACCUUUUUUCUUUAUUUUGGGAGGUGGAUCCUCCCCCCAUACCUAUAAGUUUUACCAUUCCAAAUCAAGAUUAUGAAUGCCGGAAGGAUGACUCUUGUGGGACAAUAGGGAACGUCCUGCUUUGGUAUUUUGUCAUUGUAUUGGUCCUGAUGUUCUUCUCUCGGGCUUCUGUCUGGAUGUCUGAGAAGAAAAAGAAUGGAGACAAUGGAACAAGCACUUCACUAAGUAAAGCAAGCAAAGAUACUUCCUAUAAGCGGCAAAACAAAGAUGGUGCCUGGGAUUCUUUGCAAAUGAUGACAAAACCAAAGCAGAACCAACUUACUCUUGUAACUGACUCAGAAAUGGCUUUGGUCAAUGCAUAUCUUGAACAAAGACGAGCGAGGCACCAUUCUGAAUUCAGCCGGGUGAAUCAGACCCAACCUGACAGUGAUACUACUGAGUGUGAGAGUGAAGUAUCUAACUCGGGAGCCUCCUCUUGGAAGGAGAGUGAAAGUGAACACCACCAAUCACCAGCCAGUAUUAAGAAGAGAAAAAUAGCUCAGAGGCAAAGGAAUAUGAGAGGUUGCCAAAUCAGGGAAAGGCCCUGCCUCCACUGCAAAGCCAUGAGAACCAAUGAAUGGCUGACCCGCCAUUUCCUUCAAAACGCUUCAGUAACAACCCCAAAGAAGGGAGAUAUUCAAGAAGGAAAUUCUGGGCCUGGUAUUAACAUAAAAUUCAGUAAAUUUUGA